AAUCAAAUGGGUUGCACAUUUGUUGAUUUAUGACUCUAAUUAGACAAUCCUUUUUUGCCACGCGCCUUUAAACCGACGGCAAAGGCUCUCCCCUGUUUCUCUCUGUCUCUGUUCGCGUGAAAGUCAGAAGACACUCAAAACGCACUUUAUUAUUAUCUUAUUUUCCUCUUUAAAAGGUCAUCCUUUUUUUAUCCGAUUCUUCCUUCUCCGACGAAUUUCUCCCAUCUUUAUAUCCGAAGUCGUUACUGAAAUUUCAGAUUUUCAUCCGUGAAAAUGCCGGAGAUUCAGUUGGGCAGUCACACCAUUAAGUCCCAUGGAGCAAAAGUUGCAAGAGUUCACAUGCAUGACUGGUUGAUUCUUCUGCUUCUUAUUGUACUGGAUGUCAUUUUGAACGUUAUUGAACCAUUUUACCGUUUUGUUGGAAAGGAUAUGAUGACAGACCUGAGUUACCCCAUGAAAGAAAAUACUGUUCCCUUCUGGGCUGUUCCUAUGAUUGCAAUAUUGCUGCCUUUUUGUGUUAUUCUUGUCUACUACUUCAUCAGAAAGGAUGUCUUUGAUCUGCAUCAAGCCAUAUUGGGCCUUCUGUUUUCUGUACUUAUCACUGGCGUGAUAACUGAUGCUAUUAAAGAUGCUGUUGGUCGACCCCGCCCAGACUUCUUUUGGCGUUGUUUCCCUAAUGGCACAGGGGUUGGUCUUCCACUCUCCCUUGAUUACCUUGACAUUUUAUUGAGUUCAAGUUUUUGCAAUCAAGAUUUUGAUCAGUUUUAUACUCAGUCAACACACAGUUUGUGAAUGAUACUUGCAGGUGUUUAAUAAUGGGACAGGGGAAGUUAUAUGUAAUGGAUUGAAGAGUGUCAUUAAGGAAGGACAUAAGAGUUUCCCAAGUGGUCACACUUCUUGUAAGCAAACUAUUUUGUAAUUACUUCAACAGACAUGACUUAUUUAUCUUUCAUUACAGCUUCUUAUUAUCUGGUGUUUAUAUUCUUGGAAAUUUCCAAUGAUAUUGGAGUGCUAGCUAUCUGGAUCAAAACAUUUUAACUGUUUAGUUUUCUGGUGUCACAUUAAUCCUAAGGUUUAAAAGAAAAUGAUUCAUCUCCUCCUCUUUCUAAUCUUUUCAUUUAUUCUCUCUGUUCAAUUAUUAUCAAUCCAAUUGAAGUCAGGAGGACAAAUGGCAGAUGGCCAAACAAAAGGACAAUGGUCUAGCCAUUUUGAUUUAGAAAAGCUAUUUUCAAGUGACUUCUCCCAGUCCCAGUCAUACUUCUUCCAAACAACAGCUUUGUUAUUCCUUCUU